CGCCGCUCAGCCCCGCCCCGCCCCGCCCCCUGGGGGCGGUUCCGCGGGUCCGGCCGUGAGCGGCGGGGGCUCGGCGGGGCGGCGGCGCCAUGUUCCUCACGGUGGCGGCUCUGGCCAAGAGCAAAUCAAAGUACAUUCUGGUGAGGAUGAAGAGCGCAGCAGAGACCGGCUACUGUUUCAACAUCAGGAGACUGCGACUGCAGGACAAACUGGUCCUGCUGAGAUACGAUCCCAUCGCGAAACAACGUGUCCUCUUCACAGAGAAGAGAAAAAUCCGCUCUAUCUGAACAAUGACUGCGCUUGAUUUAUGCACGAGGAGAGGAUGGUUCGGGGGGAGAACCGGGUGAAUGCUGAUUCAGAAAUCCUGCAGCAUGGGCUGAAAAGAGAGGAAAUGAACUGGGAUCACCGUCUCCUGUGAUUUGAAGGCCAUUGUGAAUAAAACAAUGUAGAGAGAGAAAAUUCUUCAUGUCUGGACAUAGAUCAUCACAGUAACAUUUAUUUAUCUUUUGAGUUAUUUUUACAGUACUCAAUUAAAAAAAAUUAAAUAGCAAA